AUGAUUUCGUCCAAAACCAAGUCGGAUGUGCGGACAUCGCAAUUGGCCACGCUCAUCGCGCUCGUCAUCCUCUUCACGACUCGUUGCCUCGCGGACGGCGAAACAAAAGUUUACAUCAACACAGUCCCCGGUUACAGCCAGCUCGUGCCAUGCGCCGAACACCCUCUCAGCACCGUCGUGCGCGGCAUGUCCCAGGGAUGCGGCGAAAAUGCCGACGCCAUCACCUCGUACACCUGUUUCUGCACUCUCAGCUCGAGCUACAUGAGCUCGGUCAUCUCCAAGGGCGUCUCCUCCCAGUGUCGCAAUAGCUCGGCGCCGCAGCAGGUGUCGAGCGCUAUCGCCGUUUUCGACGCCUAUUGUGAUUUGGGCGUCGAGUCUGGCCUGACGGUGGAAUCCCUGCCGAGUGAGUUGCUUCACUGUGUCCCUUUUUCUCGCGACGUCGACGGCAACUCCAACCGCAAGCUCAGCAAUACCCUCGCAGACGGGAGCCGCGGGGAGCACCGGAUCCACCUCUUCUGA